AUGUCGACUUCGCACCAAGUCAUACCCAUGGAGCCCAAGUUACUCGGGUCUGAGAACUGGCUCAUAUGGAAGGAGAAGAUACGAAACGCUCUUGAUGCCCGCGGACUCCUCGACAUCGUUGACGGCAUCGAGACGUGCCCCUCUGAAGCCGCAACGACCACGCCAGCCCUGAAGGAUGCAGAAACUGCCUCGCAAGUAACGACUAGCCCCAGUCUGUGGGAUCGACGGAACGCGAUGGCUUGCUCUCAGAUCAUGCUCAACAUCUCCGAUGAGGAGAUUCCAAUCACGAUGGGAUUGAAGUCUGCCAAGGCUGUGUGGGAUGCACUCCAUAAGAGAUUCGAGUCUACGUCUACUCUAUCCCUUACGCUGGCCCUAGCUGACUUCUACGAGAAGAAAUUUCUCGCUGGCAAUGAUCUCCGGGCGCACCUCAACAAGCUGAAGAUGCUCCACUCCAUCCUCGACCCAUCCUGGCCCCACAUCAUCGAGACUAUCGAUAUCUCCAAAACCGACUCCGACUCCACCAUUGCCCGUCUCCUCAGCAUCCUUGAGGCGCGCGAUGAUAAGCCUCAGGAUCGUCUGACCCCCGAAAAUGCGGACUCAGCACAUCGUAUAAGCCCCCCGGAGCUUAUUCGACACAGCGCUCACAUGCCUCUAGGCUUCUAUGGGCUCUAA